AUGUACACUCUCGACGCCCAGGGCAAGCGCGUCUACACGCUGAAGAAGGUCGCCGAGGGCCGCAUUACGAGCUCUGCUCAUCCGGCGAGGUUCUCCCCCGAUGAUACGUACUCGAGGCACCGCGUGACUAUCAAGAAGAGGUACAACCUGCUGCCGUUCCAGGCCGGUGGCGCUGCGAGCAAGAAGAUCGCCGAGAAGUACUAG